UUAUACGAUUUUUAUACUAGAUACGGUCCUAAAAUUAUAUUGUACUUAUUUCAAACGAAUUGCGUAAGGAUUUCUAUUACGUUAUGUCGCUACACUAUACUUCAUGCAUAAUCGAAUAGCACGUUGUGUAACUUGUGUGGCAACGACGGACACAUUAUGGGUGCAUUUGUGGCAUGAAUUAAUUAAUAGACAAAUCCAAACUAAUAUUAGAAAUGCGAAAGUAACUCUGUCUGUUACGUUUUUACGCCUAAACUGCUGAACAAAUUUUUGUGAGUUUUGUUAUAGAGAUUUUUUUUAUAAUAUCAAGUAGCGGGACUUGAUGAAAUCAAUCAAUCAAGUAGCAUCUACUCCAUCCGUCUUCGGAUAUAGACCUCCUGCAAAUCUCUCCAUUUACGUCGCUCCCGUGUCACAUGUGUCUAGUUGCGGCCCGCGAAAAUUUUAACGUCAUCCACUCGACAAAGUGGCGAACGACCACAGCCGCGCAUGUUGGCCCAUGGUCGCCACUCCAUGAUUCUUCUUGUCCAACGAUAUGAUUUUAGCUAUGUGUCCUGUCUAUUUUCAUUUCAUCGUAUCAAUUUUGUGCACAACGUCUCAUUCGGUAUUUGAUCAAGCAAUGUUAUUCCUAACAUUGCUCUUUCCAUUGCCCUCUGUGUGACUCGUAAGUUCUCUGCGGACCUCUUCGUCAAAGUCGUUGUUUCCGUGGCAUAGGUGAAUGCGGGCAGGACACACUGAUUGAAAACCUUAGUGUUUAGCCUCUGCGGUAUGCGUUUGCAUCGCAAUAUUUCCUGGUUCGCCCCAAAAGCUAACCAAAUCUGUGUGAUUAUCGACCUCCGCUGUUUGGUUUGGUGGGCCCUAAGUAACUUUGUGUCGUAGAGAGUAGUGGUCAACAACAAUUCAUGAAGUAUAUAUAAUAAAUUUUCUUGUAGGACAAAAUCGUAAAUGAAUGCGAAUUAGAAAGCUCAGUAGUAUUCACACCACAGAAGUGAGCUGACAAAACGGGUAACAACUCCUAGGACUGGUGUUUUUAUGUAAAAAGUGAAUUUAAACAUUCGCUGACCUAGGACAUUCAUGUCUCGAUCUAAAUAUUACUAGAAAAUUGAAAACGCGAGCUUAUGCAACAGACAGGUGUAAACAAGAAGGAAUGUUGUAUUUUUUCACACUUGGUUGAUUCCGUGCAUGGUUUCACAUUAUGUUUUCGCGCAGUUCUUCAGGAGCACAGUCUGCAAUGGACAAUUUUAUCGUACUACGUCACGCAUUACUUUAAAUAAUCGCGAUCGGAUUAAUUUUGAUAAAAAUCAAUAAAUAGUGAUCUUCGAAGUAAUCACUUCUGAUAAUAGUAUCAGUAUUAAUUAUGUCAAACAUAAAAUAUCAGUGUCGUAUGGAAUCUUGAGUUGAUUAAACGUCGCCGGUAGUUGCACGCGUGAAUAAAAUAGAAUUUGCAAAAUGUUAUCAGUAACUUACCAGAAAUAAGAACAUUAAUUAAUACGUAACAGAUUAAAGUGUGAAAUAACAAUGGGUAAUUCGAAAUCUAAGAAAGUAUACGAGAAACCGGGUAAAAAUGCUACGAUGUUUGAGCGGGAGAAAUAUAAUGAACAUUUUCGUGAAAAUAAAUCGAAGAAAAUUACCGCGGUAAAAAGGAAUGCAUUAAAGGAGCCCUCUCCGAUUGCCACAUCACCAAUCACGCCAGUGUCUAUACCUUCAGCGGCACCGACGAACCUUCGCUCCUUUGAUGAUGAAGCGAUAGAACGCAUGCGUUAUCAACUCCAGAAUGACUGCGACGCAUUCUUGUUGAACAACAUCCUGCUCUCUGUGCAGUUCUUUGAAAAUUUUGAAAGGGAGUCCCAGCACUUAAAGAACAACCCAGUAUCUGAAAGAGAACAUCUUAUGGACGAAGCGAUGGUGCGGCGACACAAACACGUUUUCUUUGCGGAUAAGUUUCAAGACUGCGUUAACGAACACGUCAGUUACCAGCCCCAAAAACAUCAACUCGAACCUCUGAGUGCACCAAGAUUGUUCGUCAUCUACGAUAAUGUCGAAGCUAGUGAACCGGGCGAUACAUCCGAUUACAGCGCUGUUCUGGACGCACCUUAUUACAAGCUAUGUGUUAAAGAUUGCAAGGAACCUGGGUACGUUAUGCUUCAGAAGCUAGAGGUAUUGGCAAGCGUAGUCACAAAAGAUGCUGAUACAUCUACAAGUGAAAGAAAAAUUUCAGGAGACAGUCUAUAUUCAGAAUCAGGGAAAGAAUCUAUAGAAUCAGAUGACUAUCCCACUACAGGAAAAGGCGAAGAUCUGUUGCAGAAGUUAGGAUCGAAAAUAAUCAAUUCGCGCAAUGUUAAGGGAUACAUCAAAAGUAAAAACAUUAAACUUAAUAGCGAUGCGGUAGAGCUUUCUGGACGAAGGCGUAGCGGUCCCAUGAGACAAGUAAACUCACAAGUAUCAAAAAGCCAUAUUUCUAACAUAAAAACAUUUAAUAAAGCAAAUACUGCACUUCUGGAAGACAUUGAUAAAGAAAAUGUAAAGGCGGCAGAAAGUAGAGACAGUACAGUUGAUUCGGAUAUGAAACCAAGGAAAUCUAUAUUAAAAAAUAAUAGAAGGUUAAGUGGAACUUGGAAAGAACUUAAAACUAAAAUAAAAAUGAAUACUGACAACACAACGGCUGAAGAUACUGAAACUUCUGGUUAUCGCUCUACCACCAGCAGCAAACUAAGUGAAACGGAAUCCGAUUACGGCUAUUCUACUAUAACAGAAUCUACAACACCUAGGAAAGUAGAGCUCUAUGCGACAUCUAAAUCUUCCUCUACUUCCGGAAUUCUUCCUGAUCAGUGCUGGUGCUCUGUACAAAUGAAAGCGAUCAAAUUCGAUAGUGAUGAUGAAGACGAAGAAACUGAUGACUCCGAGUCUUCGUUAUAUACAACUUAUCAUUACUUGAGCUCUAUACAUUUCAUGGAACAUUUUCAAAAUAACUUUAUGGAUAUAGGGAAGGGAUUGGGUAUGACUAAAGAAGCCAUUGUCAAUGCAUUGACACAAGGAGCUAGUAUUUACUGCAAUACUAUGAAAAAUGGCAAUAAAGUAGGUUGCGAAAUUUUUCCUGCUUUAAUAGCUGCGUGGCCAAAUGCCGCCAAUCAGUGGAUUAUAAGAGAAAGAAAAAUUACCCAGAACCCAAGAACAAAUUUGCUGUAUCAAUGGCCUACGAAGAAUAUGGUUAAUAAAGCCAUAGGAUUUGGGUGUUUGUUGAUCCCUAUCGGAUUUAGACCAAAACGCGGAAAUAAUCCUAACCAAACAAUGCAAUGGAGGAUUACAUUUCCAGCGGCUGAACGAUACUUGGAAAGCUAUCUGGCUCAUUGCCAUGUCAGAUGUUAUUUAUUCGCUUUGACUUUGCACAAAGCUUUCAUGGAGAACAGAAAAGCGAAAAUGGGAAUUAACGCAAGUCAUUUCAAAAAUCAUCUGUUUUGGCAAUGCGAAGAUAACUGUUUGAGAUGGCCAGAAGACCGUCUAGGAGAAGCUCUAAGAAUUUACCUGAAAUCAUUUUUCGCUCACUUUGGACAUGCCAAAUUCCCCAAUUACUUUAUCGAUACUUGCAAUGACUUCAAAAGCAUACCUAAGCCUGAAUUGGCAAAGCAUCGAAAACAGCUUCAUGAGAUUCUAGAAGCACCAGUGAUGCACCUACUGUAUGCACUUGAUAAAAUAAAGUACACGAAGAAAGAGUUUUAUCCGGUUUUUAAAUGUAAACAGUUAUAUAAUAUACUGACAUGCAAGAACCCACUGCGUAUUAUCAAUCCCAAUAUACCACAACAGAUAGUACAUCGUCUAGAUAGUUCAGACAGUGAAGAAGACGCUACAAACUUACAUGAUAAAACCAAGGACAAGCAAUAUUUAUGGGGAAGAAAGAAGCAGCAGCGCUUGGCUGUUCAGAGAAGAAUGAACAACAUGAAACAAAAGCCUUUAAAACAAUUACAGGAGAUGAAUCGAAUGUUGAUAUUACCGCAAAAAAUGGAAACGGAACGUCGACCACUGGUUCUCGAAUUUUUCAUUUCUCAUUUUAUUGCUAUGGCUCGUUCCAGUGAAAAGUUUGAAGCCAUUAAACAAGCAGUCAUCUACUUGGAGCAGGCUCAACGACUGUGUAUUUUGUUAAAAGAAGAACCAGGACAUGAAGAUAACGCCAAUGAGUUCCAGGAUGUCAUUCAGGACAAAUUAGCGGAUUGCCAGAGAAAGUUGGUAAAUCAGAGUGGAUUCAAAUUACCGCCAAGAGAAAGUCAAAUUGAGAGAUCACCUAUGAAACCGAUUAUAAAGGUUCGCCCAAGAUAUCAGCAGAUAGUGGCUCAAGUAAGUGAGUCACCGACAGAAAAUGCUGGUAUAUCGGAAUUUACGUUUGUGGAUGUCCACACCGAGAAUUUAAACGGUUCAAGCAAAAUUCGGUUUGAUGAUAUUGCAGAAGAAUCGAAGUUGUAAUGAAUAAUUUUAAAAGGGCUGAGCAAUAAAUCUAUUGACGUAAUAAUUUUGCCGAAUCUCUCUGUAGGUAAAAUAAGUUAGGUAACGCUUUUUGAAUACGAAAUUUAAAGAUGGAAUUAAAAUUUUAAUAAAUCAUAUGCACUUAAAAAUACCAGGCAUUUCAUAAACAAGUAAUAAAUUUUUAAUAUUCGUAUAUUUUUAAGAUAGAGUUGUAUAUAAUAUCGCGUUAUAAUAUAAUAUCUCAGUAUUGUUUGUUUACAUAAUAUGCUAAAAAGAAUUCUGUACGUUUUUAUAUUACGUAAAUAUAGUUUGUAACAAUAUACUCGAUGGUAACAGUUCAUUGGAUAA